AUGGACCUAAGAGGUGGAAAAAGAAUCAAUGGAAAAGAUGAAGACGAUGAAGAAAUUAGAAAAAUAGGACAAGAUGAUAUGGAAGAAAUGGAAAUGCAGGAUUUAGAAAAAACAGUAAUCGAAAAAAGUUCAGGAAGAAAUUGUGAGGAUGAUGAUAGCAUUCUCCUAUCAAAUCUUCAUAGUUUUCUUGCGGAAGCCGAUUCAAUAGAAACUAAAGCCGAGAGUCCAACUGAAACUCCGGUGAUUACAGUGAAUGCUGAAAACAUAGCAACUGAAAUAGCUAAUGACGUAGGUUUGGGAACUGUUAAAACUAUAUAUAAGGAAUUUUUUAUUUCACCAAAAAGAAGAGCUAUUCUUAAUGAUCAGAUAGAUCAACUAGAUACUUACGCUCAAGGGUUAAAACCACUUUGUCAAACAAGAUGGAUCGAGCGAUUUCACGCUGUUGACGAUUUCAUAGAACUAUUUAAUCCCGUCCCAACAAACAGUCUUGCAGUGGAUGCGAAAAACAAAACAAUGAAUAAUCGGGGAAAACGUUUGGUGCAAUUGGCGUUAGAAAAAGAUCAAUCUGAUACAGAUGGCGAUGAUGAAUAUAAAGAAGAUCCUUUUUAUUGCUCUUCAGACGACGAUCCAGUGUAUAUUCCUCAAUAUAGUUCUGACGAUUUUGAGACUGACACAGAGUCAGAUAACGAUUACGUCGCUCAACAACAAUAUGAAAAAAAAAACAGUGUUGAAGAAGUAGAAGGCGAUUUUCAGACGUUAUUGAUGGCAGUACCAAAUAACAAACUGACAGAACCAGUUAUAGAAAAAGUAACGGGUUUAAACCGUAAUGAUCCUGUUACCUUGGACCUUGACGUAGCACAGGAAGAUCCGAGACACGUUGACGUAUAUGAUAUUUCUUCUUCUACUUGGGGCCCGCCACAGGGAAAUCAACUGAUAUUUGAAGAAACAUUUCAUGGAGGAAUUUCACCGGAAUAUUUUUCUAUAUUGAAAGAAGAAAAACCCACUCAAUACUUUUUAGCUAAGUUAAAUGAAGUUUUGAAGGUUUUGUAUUAA